AUGCCAAAGGCGAAGGCGAAGGCGGCGUCUGGAAAGACGUUGCCUUCGGAGAUCAAAUGGCUGGCGAAGCAGCAGGAGGCGCUCCAAGGCCAGGCGGCAGCUGCGGGCGCCGAGCCCUGGCUCCGCGACGCGCACGCCUGGCACGAGGAGCGGCUGCGUGAGGUGGAGGAUCGCUUCCGGUCUGGUGCCAUAACGAGCCUUCCGGAAGACUUUCGUGAUGGCGUGGAUUUCUACGUCUCCCAGCUCGCCGACGGUCAAAGUGUUAGCCAGGACACGUUUUACGACGACCGCGAGCUGUAUGGCCCAGUGCUUUCGGAGGUGAAGGGGGAAGCCGAAGAGACGGUGGCCUAUGAGCGGGCCGUCGACUCCGAGGAGGCCGUCGUCGUCUUGGAGAAGGUGAAAGCAUGGUCAGAGACAAGUCCAUAUGGCAUGUCCAACUUUGCCAAGUUGCUGAAGGCCCAGGCGGUUUCCGCAAGUGUGCAGGAGGCGGGGCUAACCCGGAUCGGCGGCCUCCUCGCUUCCGCGGCUACCGCGGGGGCUCCCGCGGCUCCUGGCGCUGGCUUGGCGCCCGCGACGUUGCUCCCAAUCAUCUUUGCAGCGAUGGCGCGCUUCGAGCAGGAUCCACAGGUAGAGCGCCAGGGCUGCAGUGCGCUGCGCGCCGUGGCGCUGCAAAGUCCGGCCGCGGUGCUCGAUGCAGGAGGUGCCAAGAAGAUGGCUGAAGUGAUGAAGCGGCACAUCAGGGACGCGGAUGUCUGCCGCACGGCAGCUGUGAGCUUUGCAGCCAUUGUCAACAAGUGUCAGAACAGUCCCGUGGAGAUGUCGCAGCUUCGAAACUCCGGCAUGGCGCCGCUGUUGGUGGAGAUCUUGUCGUACCACUCCAACGACCUGCGAGCUCAGAUUGCAAGCGUCUCGGCAAUUGAGGACAAGGACGAAGCGAGGUGGCAGGAGAGCCACCGUGUUGGAAGAGUAGGACCAGGAAGCCAGAGCGAGCAGGCAUCAGAAGCUCUGGAAGAGCAUCAGCAUCUUGACAGCUGCACGUCGGCGGGUUUUUUCAACGGGGAGUCCCUUGUCGUUCCCGUGACGGUACCGAAGGUCUUCGUCCCUCAGUGUGGGCAUGCCAUCCACACGCUCUGCCUCGGCUCUCAGAUCCUCCCGGAGGAUGGGGGUGCUCGAGGGGAUUGCCGAAGAUGCGGCAUGCCUUAUGCUUGGUCGGGUAUUGACGUUGACCCGAUUGUUAAUGCCUUCUGCCUGAUGUUCGGCCCGUAUGUGGACCAGAGAUCACAGGACAUGGCAGAUGACGGCAAGUUAUCUGCCGACGCGAUCACCAAAAUCUCGGAGGUCUGCGUCAACUUCUCGCUGGAACUCGGCGGGCUGGUCAGCGCCACAAAUGCCUGGCUCCUGCUCUGCCGACGCCACACAUUUGCCGAGCCGGAGAUCGUGAAGAUCGUUGGUGAGGAAGUGCUGAGGCUCCUCACGCUGCCCGAGGACGCCCGCGGUGCACAGCUAGAGCUGCCCGCGCUGGUGCCCGCGCUGCCGAGCGACGGGGACCAGGCCCAAGCUGCCGCUCGAGACCUCCCGACGGGGCCCUUGGAGCCGCCCGAGUUUGCGCUGCCCAUGCCAGCCUCGCCCACAGACGAGGGUGAAGCCAGUUUGGAAUGCCUGAGCGACGACGAGGAUCCGUGCAUCAACACGGACCCGAGCGCCAUCAUGCUCAAUCAGCUGGUGGAAGGCUGCGGCGGCGAUCGAAGCUUGAAUGGCCUGCUUCCGCAUGCCCAGUUCUGA